GAGAAAAAUAAGUUGCUGCUUUAAGAAAGAGAGGAGAGAUAGGACAGGCAGAGCGUUUUGGAUCUGUGACCUGCCUGGUGUGUGUGUGUGUGUGUGUGCAUAUAUAUGUGUGUGUUUUUCUUUUUUUUUUUCCUCCCUCCCCACCUCUCCCUUACACGGGCUCCUAAUUUGGGAUUUGUUUAAAAGCGGGACUGCGCCGUAGGAAGACUUUUCCUUGCUAGGGAAAGGGAACCCUGCUCCCUCUCUCUCUCACGCGCGCAUUUAUUACACACACGCACAAACACACUUGACGCCCAAAAUGUCUGAUUCCACUGUCAACGCUCACUUGGAAGGGAUCAUAUCAGACUUUGAAGCGCUGAAACGCUCGUUUGAGGUGGAGGAAGCGGAUACAUCCACACACCCAUCGCCCCUGACUCGCCGGACCACCAACCCCCUACGCUCAUCCACCUCCUCCACAUCCAGCCAGCGGAGCUACGACUUGAGCUCCCGCAACUCUGACUACUCCUCCACCAGAUCUUCACCCUCUGAGUCCUCCAGUCUACGCUCCCCGAAGACUGGCAUGAGGCGCAUUGAGUUGUCAGGGGGUCGUAAUGCUGAUACAGCCUCUUCCCGCCGUGCCGAGAUGUCCAUUGAGGUCUCCUCCAAGCAGAUAGAUAGCUCGCCCAGUGCCGGCAUCACCCGCUUUGGGCUCAAACGGCCGGAGGUCAGCCUGAGCAACAGGAGCACCUCCCUGGAGAGCUCCUCCAAUUCCUUCUCAAGCACCAGUAGCAGGCGAGGGGAGCUGAACAUGACGAGGACCCACGAGCCACCCGCCCCUCCCCGGAGGAUCGACUCCCAGAUGGCCUCAACCCCGGUGUCUAGGAUCCCCGAGCCUCCCCAGAGAAGGGCGGAACCCCCAUCGCCCAACCUUAGCCCAGUUGAUGUGGCCUUCAAGAGGCCAGAGGUUCCUGUGGAGAACAACGGCCACCAGCCACCUGCACCCGUCGCCCCCUUGCCUUCACCUGCAGAGCACCGGGUGGAGAGGGUGCAGUCGCCUGUCACAGAGGCGUCCGCAAGCCGACCAGCAGACAGACCUGAAGUGUUUUCCAGCUACAGCAGCAGUACCAUGUCUGAGGCGGUGGUGCCUGAUGCUAUGGUGUCCCCAGCAGUGGGUGGACUGUAUGGGGAGAAGGCUGGCGGCCCCAUGUUGGACUUCAGCUAUGUGGGUAUUGAUGCCAUUCUGGAGCAGAUGAGGAGGAAAGCCAUGAAGCAGGGUUUUGAGCUCAACAUUAUGGUUGUGGGACAAAGUGGCCUGGGAAAGUCUACUCUGAUGAACACGCUGUUCAAGUCUAAAGUCAGCCGUAAGUCUGUGCUGGCUACAGCCCAGGAGAAGAUUCCCAAAACAGUGGAAAUCAAGUCCAUCAGUCACGACAUCGAGGAGAAGGGCGUAAGAAUGAAACUGACAGUCAUUGACACACCAGGCUUUGGAGACCAGAUCAACAAUGAGAACUGCUGGCAGCCCAUCAUGAAGUUCAUUAAUGAUCAGUACGAGGCGUACCUGCAGGAGGAAAUCAAUAUCAACAGGAAGAAAAGGAUCCCAGACUCCAGAGUCCACUGCUGCAUAUACUUCAUCCCCCCAACUGGACAUUGUCUUCGGCCUCUUGAUGUCGAAUUCAUGAGACGUCUGAGUAAAGUGGUCAACAUCGUCCCAGUCAUCGCCAAGGCAGAUACACUCACGCUGGAGGAGAGAGACUUCUUCAAAAAGAAGAUCAGGGAAGAGCUGCGAGCCAAUGGGAUUGACGUAUACCCACAGAAGGAAUUUGAUGAGGACGCAGAGGACCGAAUGAUCAAUGAAAAGAUCAGGGAGAUGAUCCCAUUUGCUGUGGUGGGAAGUGAUCAGGAGUACCAGGUCAAUGGCAGGAGGUUGCUGGGGAGGAAGACCAAGUGGGGAACCAUUGAAGUUGAGAACAUAGCCCACUGUGAGUUUGCCUAUUUACGGGAUCUCCUCAUCAGGACCCACAUGCAGAACAUUAAGGACAUCACCAGCAGCAUCCACUAUGAAAUGUAUCGCGUGAGGCGCCUCAAUGAGAAUAACACGAUGGUGGCUCAUGCCAACGGUAUCCCAGAACAUCAUCUCACCGCCCACGAGAUGUAGACGCCGCCUGCCGCCAUCACAGCGUAACUCGUUUGUUCUGAGACUCUGAUGUUCAGCAACAGUCCUUCAACUUCACUCCAACCCACUCCACUCCAAACCUCCCACCUCCCACCUCACAGGGUGCGAAAAACCCAAACGCCUGCCAGAGGGACUUCAUUAUCGGUGACUUUUGGUGGCUGAAUGGACGGUUUAUGUCAGUUUAUUGCUUCAUGAAUGAAUCCCCUCAGUAUCGCCGACCGAGAGAGGGAUUUUUACCUGCUUACAGUUAAUAUUUGUGGUGCCAAACUUUCAGCUUCCACCAAACCGAACGAACUGACACUGAAGUGCCUUAAAACGUAACAUAUUAAACUCGUCCACUUUUCUUUUUGCAGAUUUUGGUGUUUUGUUUUUAGCAGCGCCUGUAGGAAUGUGGGCCACAGUUUUGUUUUUUCCUCUAAGCACACACUUAUAGCGACGUGUGAAAAGUGAUGAUACUUGCACUUGAUCACUGCAUAAAGCAUGUUGGAGAAGGGCCAGGCAGCGCUUCGCCAACAUGUAACACACAGUAAUGUAAAGUGUGAGCAGUGCAGCUUCACUCAGCUCUCUCCCCCUUAGUUAACCCCCCCCCACUCCCAAAAAAGGGCUAUCAGAGAGCACCUCAUACGCUUGACUUAACUUUUCUGUCGCAGCUCGUGUUUCUCUUUAAAAGUUGUUUUUAAUUCCCACUUAUAAAUGUCAUUGUUUAUGAAUAGAAAUAUCUUAAGAGUGAUUCAAGAUGAUAAAGUAUUUAUGCACGAUAUAAAAUGUGAACGCCGUCAGUUGUAGUCCAUAUAUUCAGAUUAGUAACACACACACUUCCCCUGCUUUGGGCCCGUCAUGGCGCCUUAUUUAUUGGAGGGUUUUUGUUCUUUUUCAUAGCAUGUUGGCCAAAACUGGAAAGAGAGCAAGGUUGUUGGUGCCAGGCUGACUACAUUUAGACGUUUUCCAGUCCCCUUAAAUUCUUUUUUCUUUUUUUUAAUCUAGUCUUCCACUGACCAGCCCACUUUGUUUUUCCUCCCAUCAUGUACUGAGGAUCUUUCUUUCAUCCACAUAUUACUUCCUAAGCUCUCACUGUCAUGCUCUGUCCUGUAUAUUCGUCUGUGUUCUGAUACAUUUUUGUACUUGUAUUAUUGAUAACAAAUUUUCUUUUAUCUUAUUUGAAAGAAAUAAAGAUUGAAGUUGUAAAUA